CUGGUGUGAUGUCCGUCUCUAAUCCACCUGCCUGUUAUUACAGCACCAAUGAGCGUGUCCUUAUCCCACCUCUGGACAAAUGGUAAUUUCACGCUCCGUAAAUAAUUCCUGUCUUGAUUUGCCCUGGUUUAAUUGUCACCCUUUGUGACAUUUGUUUGAUUUCUAACUAUCAAAGUUCCCCAGCAUGGACUGUAAGCGAGAAAAGGAGCAGGAUGCAGAGUGUGAGAAGAUAACCGCUGUGCUGCUGAAGUCACGGACAGGAGAAUUUGAUUUGGAAUCCAUUCUAUUUCUGAAACUCAGAGUUCUUGGUAUACAUGACCUUGGAUGCAUUGGGGAGUGUGUAAAUUUGGAGAGGCUGGAUCUAUUUGGGAACAAUGUCACAAAUAUAGGACCUCUAUCAUCUCUUCGUCUUCUUUCUGUGCUUAAUUUGUCUUCUAACAGAAUCUCUAAUAUAGAGCCACUUCGUAGUUGUGAAAAUUUACAGACUUUAAAUUUAGCUGGUAAUGUCAUAUCCAGCACUGAGAACCUACAUUGCCUUGUUUCUCUGAAAAAGCUAGAGAACAUACGUCUGAGAGACAACACUUACAAUUACAGUAACCCAGUGUGCAGGAGUGCAUCAUACAGAGCUCUUGUACUCGAGAUGUUCCCGAACAUCAAGGUUCUAGAUGGAGAGAGAGUUGUUGGACGAGGAAGUGAAUUAUACCAGUUAUGCAAAGACAUUGAUGAGACCAUAAAAGCUGGUUCAUACAAGAAUGGGCAGCUCAUUGAACAUCCCGAUUGCAAGCCAUGGGUUGAUGAUGGUUACUGGGAGAUAAAGCGAUCAAACAAUGCCAUUAUUGAAGAAGCCUACAAACAGUUCAAUGAUGUUCUUCAUGAAUGCAGACUCUUGAAUAACAGAGCCACUCAUGUGAUUUCCCAGACUGAGAGAUCAAUGAGCUUGAAGAAGCAGCCAAAGCAAUACGCCAUCUGAAUUGGGCUAUUUUGUACAAACCUUUUAUGUAACUUUCUGCCGCCUUUUUUGCUUUGUAAUGAUGUACUAUGACAGAUGUACUGUAGCUUUUUUCAAACAACCAUGCUAUAUCCAAAUGCUUUUUAAAUAUCAUUGCCUGACACACGUGCUCCGUGCCACAGUGUGUAAACUUCGCUCUUAUUGUAUUCAUCCUAUGCAUUGGUUGACAGAAUAAAUACGGAGGCUGUUUGAAAACCUUGACCCAUACUGAUGCCCCUCAGUUUGGCUCAUUGAUGUCUUAACUUGCACAAUGUGCAUUUUGUACAAUGCUGUAGCCUGAAGUAAUACUGAUAGCUAUGCUGCUCAUUAGAAUUUGUAUUGGUCUUUGCUUACAGGAUGUCCUUAAUUUUACGUUGCUGGUUAAUUUAAAGAGUAAAUGUGUCCUCUAUUGUAUGUUUUUGUCGUGCAUAUGCAAAGAUAGACUGAUUGAUUGUUGGCUCUUUCUACUUGUUUUUUUUUAUUUUUAUUAUAGGAUUUCUCUGUGCAACCAACUUGCUGAAAAUACAUUAUUUAUAAG